AUGGGCGUCCAUGCUGUUAGCGUCAUGCUAGAGGCUCUCAAUAGAGAUGCCCAACGUGCUACUAUCGCCAAGUUCAUUCAAAAUGAACUUGACGCUGAACGCGAGAAAGUAGCCUUGCUUCACCAACAAGGUUCUCAACAAGCAGAGUUGUUAAGAGAACAGGGUGCUCAACAGUUUGAACUGUUGAGACAUCAGCAGGCUGCUGCUGGUGGGUCGAUGCACUCGCGUCGACCCGAGACUUUGAAGAUUGACAUCUCCAAGUAUAGGAGAGUCGAAGACGACUCCCUCUUGAGAUGGUUCGUCGAAUUAGACGACGCCAUAAGGGCGCGUCGCAUCGACGACGGGGAUAUGCAAGUUGCAUUUGCCCAGUCAAAUCUGGCAGGACGUGCCAAGACUUGGGCACUGGGGCUCAAGUUGCACGACCCAUAUGCGUUUGGGUCGUUGGAAGUCUUCAAGUCGCGGCUCAGACAAACGUUUGAACCGCCUAGAGCUGAGUUCAGAGCUCGAACCGAACUCUUGAAGCUCAAACAGGGUAAGCGUGAUGUGCACGCUUUUGCACAACACCUGCGCUACCUUGCGAGUAGCGUCACGGGAUACUUUGUUGAUGAGCACACGCUCAUCAACGUGUUCAUCUACGGCCUUGUGGAUGGGACGGUGAAGACGUACAUGCUCGAAGAGGACUUCCUUACGCUGGGAAAGUCGAUAGCGUAUGCGAAACAAGAAGACUUCAGCCUGAGAGAGUCUCAGGCUAACUCGUCAAACUAUCGUCCAUUGAGAAGACAGGAAACAGGAGGUCCCGAACCAAUGGACCUCUGUUACAUCGAGAGCGAGAACUUUCGCUCUCUGAGUCACAAGCGAACGGCAAGAUACCAUCGCUGUCAGAAGAUUGGACACUACGCUCAUGAGUGUAUUGCCCCAAACACCGCAACACGUCCAAAUACAGGACGUGACGUGAUGACCACCAUUGGCCAAGGAAAGAUCCAAUUCGUGGGUCCAACCAUGUCGCUAAGCCACGACAGCAAGUUGGACCGCCAAAAAAAUGGACAGGGUCAUAAGGGGCGGAGCACCCUGAUGAUCGAGCAACGUCAAGAGAAUUUGCAGGACUCUUGA